GUGCCUACCAAAUUUGUAACCAGACCAAAGAAAUCUGUGGUUACCUACAAAACAUGGGACACUGUUCUCAAAUGUGACAUUUUUGGCUACCCCUCCCCUGUGAUAACAUGGACAAGAUCUCUGAGACAGCUUCCGAUCAACAGACAUAUCAUUGACGGUAAUCAACUUACGAUUAAAAACACUACCAGCGACGAUGAUGGUGCUUAUGUUUGUCAAGGAAGUAAUCAGUUAGGAAAUGUCAUGGCUGUAAUAUGGAUAAUCGUGAGAGAUGUUGGUAAGUGAAUCAAGUCAUUGUAGUCUCCUCAAAAACUAGUCAAAGAAUCAACUUAAAAAAUAACAACAUAAAAAGGGGGUUGUGAUCACAUCUAAAGGUGCGUAAGUUUGCUAAAUUUUUGUUUAAGAAGUUUGCUUUCUCUUACCCAUUUCUUUAAGUGAAUCCUCAUAUUGUAUCCAGACCUGCCAAUGAGAUUCAAGUGCAAAAACUUGGUGAUACUGUGAGGCUGAACUGUUCUGCUGGUGGCUCACCGCUUCCUAAGAUCAUGUGGCUUAAGGAUGGUCGAAUAGUUCAUUCUCUAGUUGUACAUGGAGGCAUUUUCUUGACCAAGAGUGAACUCACCAUUAAUCACUUCAAGCCAACAGACGCUGGGAUGUACACAUGUCUAUUUUACAAUAGGAAAAAUGCCACAGCAGAUGCCAAAACAAUUCUUAGUAUGUUUUUGUUGUGUUACUGAUGUAGAGUCUGAGUGUUUUGAAUAAUCAAAUGUUAGGUUUCCAUGAUUUUUCUAAAAAUUAAAUUUUAGAUUCGCUGCAUUUAUUAGCUACGUCAUUGUCUUUUUCUUCUGUUUAAUACAGCAGGAUAUAACUUGAAUAAGCAGAGCAAUCUAUUAAGUAGAGAGUUUAACACGGCAUUCAAUAAUACACUCUGUUUUCUAAUCUUCGAUUCCUUUAUCUAGCGACAACAAGAGGCUGGAAAAACUGUAAUAUAAAGAAAAUUUGUACAAAUGUAUUUCUUUAACUAAAUGGGUGUAGAGUUGUGUUUCGUUAUCGUUCAAUUGUGGCAUUUCAAUGUCUUUUAUAUUUGUUGCCUGGAUUUUUAUGUUGAGCUCUUGUCAACUGUGGUGAUCCUGGUUCUCCAUCAAAUGGAUACAAACAUGGCUCACGAUAUUGGACUGGUGAAUCUGUGUCGUUCAUUUGUGAUCCACAAUAUCACUUGACUGGUCCAGCUACUAGGACGUGUUUACCCUCUGGUAAAUGGAGUGGAACACAGCCUUCAUGUAAGGAAUCCUAUAAAAUGAUUAUAACAAAAAUUAUACUUGAGAACCAAUUUGUUUAAUAACGGCUUCGAACAAAUGGGGACCAAACUAAGUAAGUCUAAAAGUUAAGGCUGUGCAGCAACGUCUAAUAUCCAUCAUUGAAAAAAAAAGAGAUUUUAACAGUAGAUUCCCAAAGGUUACAACUCUGAUUGUGAAAUGAUUUUCUUACUUAAGGUCGCCGAAUGUGCCCCGCCUUGGAAAAUCCAGAGCACGGUUUCAUUCAUGGAAAUCAUUUUUGGGAAGGAGAGAAUGUAUAUUUCAGCUGCAAGACUGGUUAUUGGCUGAAUGGAUCAUCAGAUCGUCACUGCUCGUUGAAUGGUACUUGGACUGAAGAAAAACCUAGGUGCAUCGUACCUGGUAAAUAUAAUAAAGCUUGAUGGUUUCAAUAUGUUUUGUUUGCAGUUGUGCGGCUUAUCCUCCGAGUGAGAUUUAUGGUAAGUAACUAGAGGGGUAACUAAAUAGAGGCUAACAGAAUAUGACCAAAGAUACAAAAAUCAAUCAUCAAACAGACAGAUGACCAUAUAAAAGAAGCCAUUUCAAUCAAAACACUAAAAAUUCCAUGUUGCCAUUUCAUACGUAAAAAACACUAAAAAUUCAGGAAAAUGUAAUAUAAUUUUUUAUCACAUAAACAAAAAAGCUUUUUGAGAAAAGCCGUAACAAAAAAAAAAUAUUUUUUCAUAAACAGUUACUAAUAAUGAACGGCAGAGUUAUUAUACGUAAAACACUAAAAAAUCCGUUCGCUGGCAGACAAUGAGGUUCAAACUUUGCUAUCCAAUAUACUAAAAAAAACCUUGCGUAUUCAUAUACUUUCCAGAACAAUAUAAUACAAUUUUUUACCUGACUUCUUCUGUCGUAACAAAUUCAAUAAAUGUUUUUUUAAAUUGAAAAUUAUGAUUGUUUUUUGUAAUCAUGAUUCAACGCAUUUUUCCAUAAUUUUAAAAUAUUUUUAUUUUCAUUCAUUGAUGAAGUCGGCUUUUCUUCCCAAAAAGGGCUAUUGUGUUUAUAUCAUAAUAAAAAAAAAUACAUGGUUCAACUCGACAUCUCACUCGUGAGCUAUCGUGUCGAAGAGAAGAGAAAUUCCAUAUCUACGAACGCCCAUGUAUUAUUCCCUAUGUAUUAUAUAAUAUUUAAUUAUGAUAUUUUAAUAUUGAUUAUAAUUUUAAAAUAAUUUUUUAAUUCUUAUUCAAGCUUAAUCGGGCUAACUGGCGAAAGUUCGACUAUGAUGAAAACGUUAAAUCGAGGAGGUUAAAGAAUAACUUUAUUCUUUCCUUAUUUUAAAGAAAUUACCAUGCAAUCAGGCAUCCUCCAGAGCAGUGGGUUCUUCCACUACAAUAUUCUCAGGAGAUUUUUGGAGCAAGCGGUUGGUAUUAAUCCGUCUUGGAAGCUGUGUUACCGUGCCUCCCUUCACGGCUGGGGAGCAAGUACGUUUCACAGUCUCUGUGAUGGGAAGACAUAUACUGUUACGUUGAUCAGGAAAGGUGCAUUCGUGUUUGGAGGAUAUACAGAUAUUGCUUGGGGUGAGAAUAUAAUAUUAUAA